CAAAACCAAAACAACAGAAACCUCUCUUGCUCUCUCUCUCUCUCUCUCAGAGAGAUUCUGUGGAAAUGGAGAAGGGUCUGAUAUCGGUGGACAGGUGGACGGGGCACAGCCAGGCGUACUUCUUGACGCACCUGCAUUCGGACCACACCCAAGGGUUAUCUUCCAGCUGGGCUAAGGGUCCAAUCUUCUGCUCCCGACUCACCGCCAAGCUCUUCCCCUUCAAAUUCCCUGGCUUCAACCUCUCCCUCCUCCGCCUACUGGCCGUCGGCACUUGGCACUCCAUCUCUCUCGUCUCCCCUUCCUCCGCUUCUUCUUCCACUCUUCAAGUCAUGCCCAUCGACGCUCACCAUUGUCCCGGUGCAGUUAUGUUCUUGUUUCGUGGCGAGUUUGGCUGCUUGCUUUACACUGGCGAUUUCCGUUGGGAAACAACUAGUAAGAGGGCAGAGAUAGGAAGGACCAUGCUCCUCAAUGCUCUUAAGGAUGAUGUAGUCGACAUCCUUUACUUGGAUAACACAUACUGCAAUCCAUCAUACGCUUUUCCAUCUCGAGCAAUUGUUGCUCAACAGGUUAUUGAUAUCAUUGUCUCCCAUCCUGAACAUGACAUAAUUAUUGGGAUUGACUCUCUGGGAAAAGAAGACCUUUUGCUUCACAUUUCACAUGAACUUAAAAUAAAGAUUUGGGUGUGGCCAGAACGCUUGCAAACUAUGCAUCUUCUUGGGUUCCAUGACAUAUUCACAACCAAGACUUCUCUUACAAGAGUGCGAGCUGUUCCUCGUUACAGUUUUAGCGUUGAAACUUUAGAGGGACUAAACACAAUGCACCCAACUAUAGGUAUCAUGCCAUCUGGUCUUCCAUGGGUGGUGAGACCUCUUGAAAAUGGUGACAAACUUUUCGGUUCCCUUUUAACUUCUCGUUACAACAGAAGCAAAUGGAGUGGAAAUGGUGGGAACCAUACUGAAAAGCCAAAUGGAAAUUUAGGUUCUGUGGAAAAGUUUCAUAAGUACAUAUAUUCUGUUCCAUACUCAGAUCACUCAUGCUUUGCAGAGAUAGAGGAUUUUGUAAAACUUGUCCAGCCAACCAACAUGAAAGGCAUCGUCUCUUCAUCAUCGUGCUAUGCUGAUCCUCUGUACUAUUUUGGCCGCCUUUGUGGAGCCCACCAAUCAGCUCAAAGUUUACCUCACAAUAAGAGAAAAGAGAGAGUUGAAAGAGUUCUAGCUGUCAAUAACAAAACUACCUUUAUGUGUGCUUCUGCUGGGUUGGAGAGGAAAAGAGCAAUGACUGUAAAGGUCAAAAGUUCAGGUAUUCAUGUGAGCAGGAUGAGUGCAUUGAGACCAAAAAAGCGUGGUGCAAAGAUUGAGGACAAUGACCGUCCCAAUUGAUUUGUUUUCUUAUUCAUUAUUGUCAGUACAAAGGUAUGAUCAAUGUUGCAUGUAUAGUUGGAUGAAAGUAUUCAAUUGUAAAGUUCGAAAUACCAAUGACAUUU